GCCAAAGUUGGAGCGGCACGAUCAUGGGCAAGGUGAAGAAGCGCCGCAACAUCAGCCACAAGAACAUCGCGCCUCCCACGGGCGGCCCUUCCCAAGCGGAGAUUGACGAUGCCAUGGAAGGCUUGGACGAUGAAGUUGACGCCAACGAUGGGUCCACCGCGAUCGACGCUGCUGUCCAUGGCAAGAAACAAGUCCCGGACUUCCUCUCUGGGUUGACCAACCUGCAAGGAUCUGUCCGUGAAGCCACGUGUGUUGCGUUGGCGUCGUUCUUUGCAGGAGACGGAACCCCCGACAAGCUGAAAAUGUUGCAAAAGCUGCUCCAUGCUGGACUAUUGAAGAAGCUGCUGCCGCGAGCCGUGGACCCGUCCACCCUCGUACGCCUGCAUGCAGUGGGCGCUCUUCGCAACAUCAGUGCGUUCGGUGGACUCGACGUGUCUGAAUCGAUGACGAACGAAGACAUCAUGACGCCGUGCAUCAAACUAGUUAUCGAAUACGCCACGGAAAACCUCGACGUGAAAGCGACGCCGCACGCAGUCCCGAUCCUCGAGCAAGUGUUUGCAUUGCUCACCAACUUGUGCGAGAGUUGCUCGUUGGCCCUCAUCCAAGUGACGCACCAGCGCCACGUGUUGCUGCCUGCGAUGCUUCGUUCGCUACACUUGCCCAAGCAACCCCUUCUGCACCUCGAAACGAUGAAGCUUUUGCUCGUACUGAGCGACAAUAAUCCGGACUUGAUUCAAUCGUUGCCGGCGGAGUUGCCGCUCACGUUGCUGCAAAUCCUCCAAGCGCCUGAGCACUCGACCAAGCUCCGCUUGACAGCAAUUGGCGUCGCAAUCAACCUGCCAAACGUGCUCGACAACGCGCAGAGCGUCGAGAUGCUGUUGCCGGUUUUGCAGAGCGCUGUGGCGUACGACCCGAUCGGAGUCGUCGGGCAAGCCCAAGCCGCGUCCGAGCAGUGGGCUCUGUCCCAGGAAGACUAUGGCACGGUUGAAGUGUAUGCUGACGACGACGUGGACGAGAAAGAGCACGUCGACAAGGUCAAGAAAGCGGUCGCUGUUGUUCGAUCGUGGCGCGAUAACGUCCAUAUCUUGACGCUGGGCCUCGAGUUGCUCAGCAACAUGCUGGCCAACGUGGAUUCGGGCGACGUGGACGAAUGGGCUAGCGACGACGAAGACGGCAUGGAAGCGGCUGCACAAGCGCAAGGCACCACUGAAGUAUGCCGCCCCGUAUCCGUUCCCGCUCAAGUGUUUGGUGCCCAGAAUAUCUUGCCCCAUGUGUACAGCAUCGUGCAGAGUGUCGUGACGGUGCCUGCGCACUUGGCGGCCCCAGUCGUUGACGACUUUGCCGCGAUCCGAGAGCGCGCGCUCAACUGCCUGACCAACUUGACUGCGCACUUGUCUGUCGCUGAUUUGACUCGAGGGUGCGACUUGAACCAAGUUUUUCGAGUGGUCCUGGCGCUGUACGCAGACGUCCAGGUCAAGCACGAAGAGUCGAAGGCAAUGUUCCAGCCGGACCAGGCCAGCACGGGCGACGUCGAUGCGGCAGUGUACGCCAUCGUCUUUGAGAGUUUACGUGAUGACGGUGGAAAAACAGGAUGGCUGCGUUGAGUGCGUUGGUUCUGCGGUCGGUCGACGAUAACAUUCCGCUUGAAGUGGCGCCCGAGCAUUUGGGCGCCGUCCUGGCGAGUGCGCAAGCAUCCCCGUCCGUGGAAGCGCGGUCGUGCGCGGUGCGCCUCAUCGGCACGCUCGGAAAGAAGCCGCACUCUCUGCCAGAGAACAAGGUGCUUGCAACAUGCCUCAGCACUGUGCUGCGUGACACCGACCUCGCCGUCGUCUGCGAAGUUCUCAAUGCGCUCUUUGACAUAUACUCGGACGAACAGUACGACGCAGUCUUCCACGAGGUCAAUUUCUUGACGGCACUGGAGCACGUCAGCGCCGGCAUGAAGUCCAAGAUCAAGAGCGAGGCCAAAUCCCUCGACCGCGAGUUGAUUGCGCACGCGAAGGAGACACGACUCAACCUCUUGCGCUUUAUCAAGUACAAGAAGCAGCACCAGCGACGCUAACUAGACAGAUAUAUAUAUAACGAAGAUGGCAUCACGCGGGAGUCUUGUCACAGCAAGGACGAGUCCCCUAGCGCCGUCUUCUGGCACCGAUACCCGAGCCGAAUGAGUCGGAUGGCACUGCGGUCGCCGUCGUAGUUGACGGGAGUCGACGUUGGCCAGUACGUGAUGGCUGGAUCGAAUGGACCGUUGAGGUACCAGCGAAUCCCGGUUGUAGCGAAAACAUCGUCGAUGCAGGACGGGAUGUCGACUGUCGCGGCUUGGGUGUUCUGAGACGCGUCGGUUGUGAUCACUGUGACUUGGGACGUCACGGUCGUGUUACAAAAACACUCGACGAGGUACGGGUAGACAGGAACCUUGGCUGCUGCGCCAACUUCCGCUGCAGACACAGAGCCGCCGAGGCCGACCACCAUCAUCACCAGUCGGCCCACCGCCAGCAACAUCUUUCGUCGACAAUUGCGCCGUUUCGAGAUUUCCAUGGCAUAUACUUCAGUACAAUUUUG